AGAAGAGAAUGGUUAUAUUGAAGACGACUCUAUAAAAGCCUCCAUUUCCCCACGCGCGCUUAAAGUGUGUGUGUAUACCAUCGAACACAAAAUCAGAAGGCCGUUUGAAGAACAGAGCACGUCACUCUUCCAUCAGCUCUUCGCCUCUGCGGGGGUUUUGCUUCUUUCCAUUGACGAUUUUCGGAGCGUAGUUGCAGUUGGAUUGACGAAAGAAGAGUUGCUCGCUUGCCAUGGCUGGCUCUCAGAGAGCACGCGGUCUCGUCGUCUCGGCCGUUCUCUUAUUCGGUUGUCUAUUUGCAAUUUCCAUUGCGAAAGAGGAGGCCACCAAGCUAGGAACUGUUAUUGGGAUAGAUCUUGGAACAACCUACUCCUGUGUCGGUGUCUAUAAGAAUGGUCACGUUGAAAUUAUAGCAAAUGACCAAGGAAACCGUAUUACUCCAUCAUGGGUGGGAUUCACUGACAGUGAAAGAUUGAUCGGUGAGGCUGCAAAGAAUCAGGCAGCUGUGAACCCUGAAAGGACCAUCUUUGAUGUCAAGAGGCUUAUCGGAAGAAAGUUUGAGGACAAAGAGGUCCAGAGGGACAUGAAACUUGUCCCAUACAAGAUUGUGAACAAGGACGGAAAGCCUUACAUCCAAGUGAAGAUCAAGGAUGGAGAGACCAAGAUCUUCAGUCCUGAAGAGAUCAGUGCUAUGAUUUUGGUCAAGAUGAAGGAAACAGCAGAGGCUUUCCUCGGAAAGAAAAUCAAGGAUGCUGUUGUCACUGUCCCCGCCUACUUCAAUGAUGCCCAGAGACAGGCUACAAAGGAUGCCGGUGUUAUUGCUGGGCUCAAUGUAGCUAGGAUCAUUAACGAGCCAACUGCUGCUGCCAUCGCCUAUGGUUUGGACCAGAAGGGUGGCGAGAAGAACAUCCUGGUCUUUGAUCUCGGUGGUGGUACCUUCGAUGUCAGUAUCUUGACCAUUGAUAACGGUGUGUUCGAGGUUCUUUCCACCAACGGUGACACCCAUUUGGGAGGUGAGGACUUCGAUCAGAGGAUCAUGGAGUACUUCAUCAAGUUGAUCAAGAAGAAGCACGGAAAGGACAUCAGCAAGGACAACAGGGCUCUCGGAAAGCUCAGGAGGGAAGCUGAGCGUGCCAAGAGGGCUCUCAGUAGCCAGCACCAAGUCCGUGUGGAAAUCGAAUCACUUUUCGAUGGCGUCGACUUCUCCGAACCACUCACCAGAGCUCGCUUCGAGGAGUUGAACAACGACCUGUUCAGGAAGACCAUGGGACCAGUGAAGAAGGCCAUGGACGAUGCUGGUUUGGAGAAGAACCAGAUCGAUGAAAUUGUCCUGGUUGGUGGAAGCACCAGAAUCCCCAAAGUUCAACAGCUCCUCAAGGAUUACUUCAACGGGAAGGAGCCCAACAAGGGAGUCAACCCUGAUGAGGCUGUUGCCUAUGGUGCCGCCGUCCAGGGUGGCAUCCUUAGCGGAGAAGGUGGCGACCAAACCAAAGUGACAGACAUCCUUCUUCUGGAUGUUGCACCCCUCACAUUGGGUAUUGAAACCGUCGGCGGAGUGAUGACCAAGUUGAUCCCGAGGAACACCGUCAUCCCCACCAAGAAGUCUCAGGUUUUCACCACUUACCAGGAUCAGCAGACCACCGUCUCCAUUCAGGUCUUUGAAGGUGAAAGGAGUCUCACCAAGGACUGUAGGCAGCUCGGAAAAUUCGAUCUCACCGGAAUUCCUCCAGCUCCCAGGGGCACCCCACAAAUCGAGGUGACAUUCGAGGUCGACGCCAACGGCAUCCUGAACGUGAAGGCAGAAGACAAGGGCACCGGGAAGGCGGAGAAGAUCACGAUCACCAACGACAAGGGUCGCCUGAGCCAGGAAGAGAUCGACCGGAUGGUCCGCGAGGCCGAGGAGUUCGCCGAGGAGGACAAGAAGGUGAAGGAGAGAAUCGACGCCAGGAACAGCUUGGAGACGUACGUGUACAACAUGAAGAACCAGAUCAACGACAAGGACAAGCUCGCGGACAAGCUGGAGGGCGACGAGAAGGAGAAGAUCGAGGCCGCGACCAAGGAGGCCCUGGAAUGGCUGGACGACAACCAGACCGCCGAGAAGGAGGAUUACGACGAGAAGCUGAAGGAGGUGGAAGCCGUCUGCAACCCGAUCAUCACCGCCGUGUACCAGCGGUCCGGCGGUGCUCCUGGCGGCGGUGCUGCCGGAGAUGAGGAGGAGGAGUCGCACGAUGAGUUGUAAUCUCUUCCUUUUGACUUUUUUUUUUUUUUUGGCGCCGUUCCAGAUUAACGUCGACGUAGGCUACUACUGGGAGAAAAGAACGUAGGAGUAGAGAGUGGGAGAUGGAGAUAUUGUAAUUUCUCUUGUGGUAUCUCCUGAUCGGUUUUUUCUUUUCUUUUUCUUUGGUUCCGUUGAUAUAUUCGAAUUGGUAAACAUAAACCCCUUUUUUGUUUAGUUCUUCUGAAGCUAAUCGUAACGGAUUUUGUAGUGUUUCCCAGUUUAGUGUCUUCAAAUAUCAUCCUCUCUUGAAAGAGGACAGAUGUUCUUCUCCUUCCAACGAUACACAGCCGGGUGAAAGAACAGACCAUCAGCGGCAUUUAACAAAGUGAAGUACCGGAAGUUGCACUCUCAAGUCUAUCAUCUUACGGUCUUUGGGAAUGUAAAUGUUAAUGAUUUUAUGAUAUAAAAAUCGAAUGGUAUUAAGAGUGUUUUAGGAUUGUACUUUUGUUGAUUUUAUGAUCUCUAUGUAUGAUUAUACAUAUAAAAUUUUAUUUAUAAUAAUAUUGAAUGUACAGGACCGAUACUACGUAUGGGUACCUAAAAACCGCAUUAUGGAAAUGAGGUUACAAAACCUUCCUACCCACAAACAUGACGUUUGAAUUUUGAUGUUUAAAAAUGAGAGUUCAUAUUGUUUA